AUGCCGGUCACCACAAUCCGAUCCCCUCCUUCGCUAGAGGACUACGUGCCGCUGGCCGAAUACCAAUCACAAACCCCCGAGACCUUCAUCGGAGGCAAGCCAGUCCUCCACUACCAUCUCACCGGCGCAAAGGCCACCAUUCCCAAGUCUCAGUGUGGAGGCCUAGCCCUAUUCCCCGCCGACUCUCCUACGGCAGAGCAGAGUAGCGCAAAUGGCGAGACCGAAGAGCUGGUGGAGCAGCCAGUGACUGUCUUCGUCAACUCGGAAACCUUCACAAUCUUCAGCGACAAGGCUGAGGCAGGCGCCUCGAUUCCCUACCCUUCCAUCUCCAUCCACGCCAUCAAGCAAGUCGGUUCUCAAGACAGCCCGACCCAAGCCGUCUGGCUCCAGCUCGAAUUCGCCGACGGGGGCAGCGACGACGACGACUUCAACACCGUAGACCUCACCAUCAUCCCCCCGCCCUCCGAGGACGCCGCCGCCCCAUCCCCCGCCAAGCAGCUAUACGAGGCCGUCGCGAACUGUUCGAACCUGCACCCCGACCCCAACGACGACGAGGAAGAGGACGAAGACAACUACGACCGCAUCAUCUUCGAGGGCAGCGCCGAGCACGAGGCUCUGGCGGGCUACUCGGGCGUCCUGCGCGGCGCGGCAGACGGGUCCCUGCCCCCUCCCAUGCCAGGCAGCGGCGGCUGGAUCACGGCGGACAACGUCCACGAGUACUUCGACGAGGACGGGAACUGGAUCGGAGAGGGGGGCGAGGAGACCGAGGCCCUCGGCGACGGGGCGGGCAGAACGCGUGGCCGGAACGAGGUGGAGGGUGAGGGCGAUGGCGUCAACGGAGACGGUCCUGAGGAGUCCAAGCGGCCACGGACAGAGUAA